AGAACAAUAUUAGAGGCCAAAUAUCUUCAUCUCUCUCUCUCUCCAUCUCAAAAGCAUAAAAAAAUAAGAUCAAACCCACAAACCAUGAAUGAAAAUAAUAAUAAUAUCAACCCAUCUCUCUUCCACAACUACACUUGGAACAUCAACGACGACACCAAGAAUAAUCAUAAUAACGACAACGAUCUAAUCGGCAUGGCCAUGGAAGAUCAUCAUCACGCGACCGACCUCCAUCAUCAACAUGAUCUUCAUCGCCAUAUCACGUCUAGCACUUGGCCUUCUUCUUCUUCCUCUUCCUCUCUCCCUCCUUUCCAAUAUCAUCUCUCCUCUCCAGCUCCGGCAACGCCCUUUUUCUCCGGCGAACAGGAAGAGGAUAAAGACGAGGAAGAGCCCGAGGAGGAGCUCGGGGCGAUGAAGGAGAUGAUGUACAAGAUCGCGGCCAUGCAACCAGUCGACAUCGAUCCUGCCACCGUCAAGAAGCCCAAGCGCCGGAACGUACGGAUCUCCGACGAUCCUCAGAGCGUAGCGGCUCGUCACCGGCGCGAGAGGAUCAGCGAGAGGAUACGAAUCCUGCAGAGGCUCGUCCCCGGAGGAACCAAGAUGGACACUGCCUCCAUGCUCGACGAAGCCAUCCGCUACGUCAAGUUCUUGAAACGACAGAUCAAGAUCCUCCACAACAACUCCGGCAACCCUCCUCCUCCGCCACCGCCUCCUCCAUCCGCCGCCGCCGCGUCCAUGUUCUCUCCGGCGGACUUCGCCGGCGGAGGAAGCUUGCUCUGAUAUCUCGAUUAAGAGGUCAUUAUUCUUCCAUACAUGUGUGAGUGUAUGCUACUUGGAUGAAUAAAAUUAAGUGGCUUGAUUAGUGGGGAAAUGGCGCAAUUAUGGAAAAGUGUUUAUAUAUAUUCAUAUAUAUUAUAAAAAACGUGUAUAAGGGUUUGUUUGUUAGGAUAUGGUUGACCGGAAGGGCGUGGAAUAAUCACAACGGUUAGAUUGAGUUAAGCAGCACCGCAUAUUUAAUGUUAUUUAUUUGUAAUAUUGUAUGUAUUGUUCGUAUAUAAUAUGAUCUUCUGUUAUGUUUGGUUGUGUGCAAGUUUGGCCGGGCAUUUUCCGGGAAUAAAAACUAUGACGCAAUGAGGGAAACCC